UUUCCUCACAGUCAACCAGGCUUGGAGUGGCGUGUUGAGGGCCGCGAGGCACCCCGGGCUCAAGACACACACCACUCUGCUCUACGCCACACCCCACCACGGUCGCCUUGGUCAGGUGCUCUGGCCAGUAACUACUUGUAAUGAAGUUCCUUGUGGUCCUCGCCAUGGGCGUGGCCGUGGCCCAGGCAAGCACCACGUCUCCGCCCGCUGAGGAAAAUAGCUGUUCAGGCCUCAAGGACGAUCGCUCUCUUCUGUCCAGUCUGCUAACGGUCGCAGGCUACAGUGACACUUGCGUCGCCGCCGCCCUGGACUCCUGUAGGACUGGACGAGAGGACGUCCGAAACGCGUCCCUCGUGGAGGAGGCGAGGGAAGUGGUGCAGCAGGUGAGUGCUGCUGUAAACAAAUGGGAGUCUCGGCCGCGUCACUGCAAGGACUUACUGGACUCCGGGGACAGCGGGAGCGGCCUGCGCCAGGUAUACCCUUACCCUGGGCGACCCCACCACCGCGUGCCCGUGUUUUGUGACCACACCGUCGACGGCGGGGGAUGGACCGUCUUCCAGCGGCGCACCAGUGAUGCCGUCCGCCAAGAUUUCUACCGCACUUGGGUCGAGUAUCAGUUGGGCUUUGGUGACCUGGAGGGUGAAUUCUGGCUGGGCCUUGACCUUCUGCACCAGCUGACCUCCACCACCCUGCAGCAGCUACGAAUUGACCUGGACGAUUACGAGGGAGAACAUCGGUGGGCUAAGUAUGGAUUCUUCCACGUGGGCGCACCAGAGACCAAGUUCCGCCUCAGCGUUGGAAGCGGUGACGCAAGGGACGGCCUCUCUAUGAAAAGCGGCUCUUCGUUCAGCACGCAUGAUGCUGACAACGACAAGUGGACUGAUAACUGUGCUAAAAAAUUCCGAGGUGCGUAUUGGUAUACUAAUUGCCACAGUUCUAACCUGAACGGCUACCAAUAUGUGGGCAGCCACUCCUCUUACGCCGAUGGCAUCAACUGGUCUCACUGGAAGGGCCAACACUACUCCCUGAAGCGAACGUCCAUGAUGAUCCGCCCCGCCUUCUGAGCCGCUCUUGUGUUGGCUGUGGCCGGCAUGAUGGGAGGCGUGCACACAAGCACACAACACUGUGCACAGGACGCGCUUCCAGACCACCACCACCACCACCACCACCUUUCCAAGCUCCCUCUCUGACGUUACUCUCAGCCUGAGCGCCUCUCUCUCUCUCUCUCUCUCUCUCUCUCUCUCUCUCUCUCUCUCUCUCCCGCAAACCUCCGGAGUGGCUGGCCCCUCACAGCCCGAGUCACUGCGCUGCUUGCCUCCUCACACGGCCACGAGACGUGCACACCGUGCGUCCCUGCACCGGGCUGUGCGUGCUCGUAGUCACGUGACGCUGUUAGGUAUUUCAUUAUAUCCUGUGAGUUAAACGCCUGCAGGUUGCCCUUUCCCCCCUGCUCUCUCUCUCUCUCUCUCUCUCUCUCUCUCUCUCUCUCUCUCUCUCUCUCUCUCUCUCUCUCUCUCUCUCUCUCUCUCUCUCUCUCUCUCAUUCAUUGAACAAUGUAUAAUUCCUACCGGUGACAAAUGUCUUUUUUUUACUGAAUUAAAAUAAAUCGAUGUGAAGUGUUAAGCAUUGCCCA